UCGUUGUAGUAAACGAUGACGGGGGCGCCACCACCUUCACUCCGCCACAAAAGAAGAAGGAACGUGUUUCUCUCUCAGUCUCCCAACAUGGCGGCGGCCAGGAGGUUGAAACGCGUGGCUGCUUCACAGCCAGGUUUUCUAAAUUUUAAGUCCUCUUCAGACACUUCAGACCCGGCCAGUAGUCGGAGGAAACGUGUGAACAAGAACAAGAAAAAGAACUGGAACAAACACAGCGACAUAAACGAUGUAGAUGCGUUUUUAGAAGACGUCCGACACCAGGAGAGGACCACAGGAGGUCUGCUGUCUGAGAAGUCAGAUGACAGUUUGUUCUUUUUGGAUGUUGGGCCACCAAAGAAAGCUGAACAGAAAGUAGCAGAGCCUGUCGAGGGGAGGAAACGGAAAGGGAAGGCGUCACGUCCUCUGAGGAUAGACUUGAUCCUGCAGCAUGAUUCCCUCGUUCCACCACCUAAAGAUGUGCUGGCCUAUCAGCAACCCAAUGCCAAGAAACUCCGUCGCAUUGCCCAGAAGGCCGAGCAGCUGGCAGCCAAAGGUGUGGUGCCACGGAGACAGAAACAGCUGCUGACCAGACGGCCGGUCAACAGGGCGACCAAGAAGGCAGUGACAGAGGCCAACAACAACCCAGACAGAGACUUUUACGACAUAUGGGGACAAGAGUCCAAAGAUGCAGCUGACCCCUGGUACCUUCAGCAGACGGGCAAGCAGCGUGUUAAGCGUCCAGAGAAGUUGAAUGAGAAGCCAUCCGUGCUUCCUGCUGUGGAGGUGAUCGCUCCCGGAGGAUCCUACAACCCAGACUUCUUCUCCCAUCAGGCCUUGCUGCUGGAGGCCCAUGAGGUGGAGGUCAAGAAACAAAAGGAAGAAGACAAAAUAGCAAAACAGCUGGCUGUCAACAGAGAAGACACAGCAACAGAGGAGACAGUUUUCAGAGAGCAGGUGGAAGGCCUGGUAGAAGAAGAGAAUGAAGAAGAGGCUCCUAAUGAGGAAGAGGAGGAUGUGGCAGUGGGAGCCAUCUCGCUGGCACUGAAGAAGACUGAGAGACAGAGGAAGAAAGAGAGGGCAGACAAAAUUAAGGAGCAGCGGCGACUCGCCAACAGACGGAAGACUGGUCAACAGCAGCAGCUCUUCCAGCUUCGCUCCAUAAAGGCCUCAAUUAAACAGCAGGACCAGAAAACCAAGGACAGACAGACACAACGCAAGGCCAACCAGGAGGCCCAGAAAGCUCAACCCAGACGCCUCGGCAAACUCAAGUUUCAGGCUCAGGACAUGGAGGUUCAGCUGAGCGACGAGCUGGCCGGCUCCCUGCGACGACUCAAGCCAGAGGGCAGCGUCCUCAAGGACCGCUUCAAAAGUCUGCAGAAGAGGAAUCUGAUUGAACCAAGAGAAAGAGCCAAGUUCAAGAGGAGGCACAAGCUGAAGUAUGUGGAGAAAAGGGCUUUUAGAGAGAUCACUUAGUGGCAACCCACAGACCACAGGAGCUGAACAACAGAAGCUGGGCAGCAUUUAAAGCCCCAAAUGCACCAUAAUGGAACUGUGUAUAUAAACUUCAUAACUGUUGAGGGGCCUGUUUCAGACGAUUAUAACUGCUAACAAAUUAAUGUCUCUUUAAUGAUAUAAACUGAAAUGAAGUGUUGGGUA